AAGGUGCCGGCGAUGUACGUGUUCGGCGACUCGACGGCGGACGUCGGCAGCAACAACUACCUUCCGGGCAGCGCGGUGCCGCGGGCCAACUUCCCGCACAACGGCGUCGACUUCCCCACGUCGCGCGCCACCGGCCGGUUCAGCAAUGGCUACAACGGCGUCGACUUCUUGGCUCUUAACAUGGGAUUCAAGCGCAGCCCCCCGCCAUUCCUCUCGGUUGCCAACCGAACCAACAAGCAGAUUGCCAGAGGACUGCUGGGAGUGAACUUCGCCUCUGCAGGAUCAGGCAUUCUCGACACGACGGGAGACUCAAUCGUCGCAAUGAGCAAGCAGGUCAAACAAUUCGAGACUCUUCGGUGCAACAUUUCUGCACGCAUCAGCAGGGAAGCAACGGACAACAUGCUGUCGAGAUCCUUGUUCCUCCUCAGCACCGGUGGCAACGACAUCUUCGCAUUCUUCUCGGCGAACAGCACGCCGACGGUAGAGCAGAAGCAGCUCUUCACCUGCAACCUCGUUUCGCAGUACAAAACACAUAUGAAGGCUCUAUAUGAUCUCGGGGCGAGGAAGAUCGCCGUGAUCGACGUCCCGCCGAUCGGGUGCUGCCCCUACCCGAGAAGCCUGCACCCUCUCGGUGCCUGCAUCGAUGUCCUGAACGAGCUCACUCGUGGGUUCAACAAGGGCGUCAAGGAUGCCAUGCAUAGCCUCAGCGCCAGCUUGAGUGGCUUCAAGUACUCCAUAGGGAGCUCGCACGCCGUUGUCCAGAGCAUCAUGAAGCACCCACAAAGACUAGGGUUCAAGGAGGUCACUACGGCGUGCUGCGGCUCAGGCAGGUUCAACGGCAAGACGGGGUGCACGCCCAACGCCACGCUGUGCGACAACCGGCACGAGUACCUCUUCUGGGAUCUGCUGCAUCCCACGCACGCCACCUCCAAGCUCGCCGCCGUGGCCAUCUACAACGGCUCGCUGCACUUCGCGGCGCCCAUAAAUUUCAGGCAGCUAGUGGAGGACCAGUCCUAGAGCUCCGAUGUGCGCAUGAUCGAGUUGUGUCAUAAAUUUGGUUUAUAUGUCU